UGAAGGCGUGCGCGCUCUGCUCCGUCCGUGGAGGGAAGCCGCACGCGUGAUGCGUGUGACAUAAUGGUGGAAAAGACAAGUACAGAACACAUUUCAUCUCUGUCCUGGUAGCUCGUCAACUGUCGAACCCGUCCUAGCUGUUGUUGUGGACUCUUGCGCCCCGCGGACUCGACAGCUGCCGGCUCGGACUGAACGACGCCCUGGACCGCAACAAAAUGCCGAAUAUCAAAAUAUUCAGCGGCAGCUCACAUCCGGACCUGUCUCAGAAAAUAGCAGACCGCCUGGGUCUCGAGCUCGGGAAGGUGGUCACCAAAAAAUUCAGCAACCAAGAGACUUGUGUCGAAAUAGGCGAGAGUGUGCGGGGAGAAGAUGUCUACAUUGUCCAGAGUGGCUGUGGAGAAAUUAAUGACAAUUUAAUGGAGCUGUUGAUAAUGAUCAACGCCUGCAAGAUUGCCUCGGCCUCCAGAGUCACAGCUGUCAUCCCCUGCUUCCCGUACGCCCGGCAAGACAAGAAGGACAAGGUGGGGAGUCGUGCCCCUAUCUCAGCCAAGCUGGUGGCCAACAUGUUGUCAGUGUCCGGCGCCGACCAUAUCAUUACAAUGGACUUGCAUGCCUCACAGAUACAGGGGUUCUUUGAUAUUCCAGUUGAUAACUUGUAUGCAGAGCCAGCUGUGUUGAAAUGGAUCAAAGAGAACAUCGCUGAGUGGAAAAAUUGUACCAUUGUCUCACCUGAUGCAGGAGGAGCUAAGAGGGUCACCUCAAUAGCAGACAGGCUGAAUGUGGACUUUGCUCUUAUUCACAAAGAGAGGAAAAAAGCAAAUGAGGUCGACCGCAUGGUUCUUGUUGGAGAUGUGAAGGAUCGGGUUGCCAUUCUCGUGGAUGACAUGGCUGACACAUGUGGCACAGUCUGCCAUGCUGCUGACAAACUAAUCUCCGCUGGUGCCACAAAGGUGUAUGCCAUCCUCACACAUGGCAUCUUCUCUGGCCCGGCUAUCUCACGCAUCAACAACGCCUGCUUUGAAGCUGUGGUGGUCACCAAUACAAUCCCUCAGGAGGAGAAGAUGAGACACUGUCCCAAAAUACAGGUUAUUGACAUCUCCAUGAUCCUCGCUGAAGCCAUCCGUAGAACUCACAACGGAGAGUCCGUGUCGUACCUGUUCAGCCACGUCCCCUUGUAACAAAUGGCGUUUUUGCCCGUCAACCUGUGUGCUGUUACACCAAAGAGGGAAGAGGGAGCUCCCCCUUAACCUCAACACAACCAUGAGCUAAAAUGUUUAGCUAACUAACCGUAAAAAAAAAAAAAAGAAAGAAAUGGAACUGUCGUGUCUGUUACUAAUGCUCAUUUGAGUUUCCUUCACCCUUGAGCAAAAUAAUGGCAAGCUACUAUAUUUAUUGUACGUGGGUUUAAAAAAAAAAUCUCAAAGAACUUUGCGCGCCUUUCAUAACAUUAACAUACAGAGAUUCUCCUGCCCAUUUCACCUCUGUGAGAGGCUUUUCAGUCAGAGCUUGUAUCAAUAUUAUAGGGAAGUGGUCAGGAGAAGGAUCUGUUGAAUUGAGCUGUUACAGUGCUUUUUGCGUUUUGUUACUAUAUGAUCAAGUAUACUUUUUCAUGUCGCUCUUGUAUCCUCUACUUUUUUUUUUUGAAAGACAAUAAUGAAGUGAAUGUGUAUUGAACUAGUUUAGUGCCACUGAAGCUCCCCUCAGCCAAGAGCGCUUCAACAGUCCGAGAUGAAACAACCUUUUCCCACUCAUUUUUCAGGGGCUUUCUCGUGUUUUGACUGUGGAAGAUGUCUUGGGGUGUUUCUCUCAGCUGUUGAGGUGCCUUCAUUGAGUGGGGAUUCCCCCGUGUCCAGGGUUUUAUUCUGUUCAGGUUCUUUCUCUUGAGAAGCGAACAGAUUUUUAGCUUGGGGUCUCUGCAGGCUGGAGCUUCCUUCAGAAAUAUUCACCUGCCUUUUCCGCCCCUUCUUUCUUUUUAUGUUUGCAGGAAGGAUUUGUCUUUACUGUGCAUAUUUGUGUUUACUUUUUCUGUAGGAUGAAUGCGCCAGUUAUCUAAUGGUGUGUUCUUAAUAAAAAAGAGAUAUGCCUAAAA